GGGAAAAUAAUUAUGCUCCCUAAUACUAUAAUUGUAUUAUUGACUAAUGCUUUUUCAUUGCGGUCCAUAAUUUUCAGCACCAAAAUAAAUGCUUCAAUCAUAUGAUUAAUCUAAUUUUGCUCAAGUGAAAUGAAUAUAUAUAAAUCACUGAGUUGAAAGAAAUAUAUAUUAAUACGAAAAACGUUCAUGCUCCAUAUACAAUUUAUGCUGCUGAUAUUUUGGCAACUAAAAAGAACAUCCAACUUUGUUGUCGUUGUUGUUGUUGUUGUUUCUCUGCAGGUGCUUCUUUUGAACAUAUCAUCAACUUUCACAGCAGAGGAACUUUCCAGUUUGCAGAAAUUGUGAAAAAAAAAUGGUAGAAGGUGGUAAUAUAUCAAAACCGGACAAGACAGAGUUCACUCAGUGUUGGAAAACAUGAUGGAAAACUCCAUAAAUUAUGAGGCUUGCAUUGUCAGCUGGUAUUGGAGGCCUCUUAUUUGGUUAUGACACAGGAGUGAUUUCGGGUGCCCUGCUUUAUAUCCGUGAGGACUUCGAACAAGUCGACCGAAAAACAUGGUUACAGGAGCUCAUACUGAGUAUGGCUGUAGCUGGUGCUAUCGGUGGUGCAGCAAUUGGAGGAUGGAUAAGCGACAGGUUUGGCCGGAAAAGAUCAAUUUUGCUUGCCGAUGUACUAUUUGCUGUGGGCGCCUUAGUUAUGGCAUUUGCUCCAGCACCAGUAAUGAUUAUUCUUGGAAGGAUUUUAGUGGGUUUAGGGGUCGGAAUGACUUCAAUGACCGCACCUCUUUAUAUUUCCGAAGCUUCUCCUGCUCGUAUUCGAGGCGCAUUAGUUAGUACUAACGGUUUGCUCAUUACAGGAGGACAGUUUCUGUCUUACCUCAUCAAUCUGGCCUUCACUAAGACAAGUUGGACCUGGCGUUGGAUGCUCGGGAUCGCAGCGGUUCCAGCACUCUUUCAAUUGAUCUUGAUGCUGUCACUUCCCGAGUCCCCUAGAUGGCUUUACAGACAAAACAAGGAGGAAGAGGCCAGAUCCAUCUUAGAGAAAAUAUUUCCGGCUAACGAAGUUGAUGAUGAGAUGAAUGCCUUGAAACUCUCCGUCGAAGCGGAAAAAGCCGAUGAGCAUGCCAUUGGUGACAACCUGAUACAGAAGCUGAAGGGUGCUUUAAGCAAUGUUGUAGUCCGAAGAGGACUCUAUGCUGGUAUAACGGUUCAAGUGGCUCAUCAGUUUGCAGGAUUUGCUUCAAACGAGACAGCAUUGGCACUUUCGUUGAUCACCUCCGGUCUUAAUGCCGUUGGCUCAAUCGUCAGUAUGGUUUUCUUUGACAGAUAUGGUAGGAGAAGGUUGAUGCUUGUUUCCAUGGUUGGUAUCAUCCUUUGCCUCGUGUCGUUAUCGAUAAUAUUCCUCGAAGCUGCCAGUCAUGCUCCGAAAGUCAACCAACUUGACACCAAUUCCAUACCCAACACUACAUGUUGUAGCUAUAUAUCAACCCCGAAGCCUUCAUCAGGGAACUGCAUGUCUUGCUUGAAAGCCGGUUGCGGAUUCUGCUCGAAUACAGCAAACGAGUACUCGCCUGGAACAUGCCUGGAACUCACCACGAAACAAAGAGAUUGGUGCCGUGGGACAUGGUUCAAAGACGGUUGUCCAAGCGAAUUCGGGUUCCUGGCGGUUGUUUUCCUAGGAUUUUACAUCCUUUCCUACUCACCAGGAAUGGGAACUGUUCCAUGGAUUGUGAACUCGGAGAUAUAUCCACUGAGGUACAGAGGCAUUGGUGGGGAUUUGGCGGCUGUUUCUAACUGGAUAUCCAAUCUCAUGGUUAGUUUGACAUUCCUAAGCCUCACCAAAGCUCUUGGUUCGGCUGGCACAUUCUUCUUAUUUGGUGGGGUUUGCGUGAUUGGGUUUAGUUUCAUUUAUUGGCUUGUGCCUGAAACCAAAGGGUUGCCGAUUGAGGAGGUGGAGAAGAUGCUGGAGAGUGGUUAUAAGCCGAAGCUCUUGAGGGCCAAGUCUAAGGAUAAAACCCAUCUAUUUUGUCCAAAAUAAUAUCCUUUUCGGCCCUUUCUUUAUUUCUACAUACAUCUAAUUAUAUAUAUUUCUGAUUUUCUAAAUAAAAUAUAUAAAAUGACAAAAAGGUCCUCAAAAUAAUUCAA